CCUUAUGAAUAUGCAGCACUGUAACCUUCUGUGUCUGCCAGAAAACUACCAAAUGAAAUACUAUUUCUACCAUGGGUUGUCCUGGCCCCAGGAUCAGUGAAGUGGAACCCAAGUAUUAUGCAGAUGGGGAGGAUGCCUAUGCCAUGAAGAGGGACUUGGCCCACAUGGCAGAUGAGCUCUCCAAGGGAGCGUCCCACGUGUCAGUACGACGAAAGAGAAAGCAGAGCGAGCGUGUGAGUCAGACGAGUUCCACUCCACCCACGUCGGAUGUGAGCGCGAGGCGAACGUUAAGCGGGCCGCCGCACUCUCACGACACGACACGACACGAGUCAGGCCUGCUCCUCAUCAGACGUCGACCCGCUUGGGGCAAGUAUGGCUUCCCACGUGAAGUUCAGGAAGGACAAGGUCGGCGUGCUGGACUACGACACACAAAUUAAGGAGGUUCGCUGUCAGCUGGUGGAGCAACUGAAAGUGAUGGACGUGCAGCUGGAGCAGAAGAGCCAACAUCUGCACGACUUUGCCGACUACCUGCGACGGCGAAGCGAGAUCGAGAGCGAGUACUCGCGAUCCCUGGAAAAACUGGCUGAAAGGUUCACAAACAGGAUUAAGAGGAAGGAAGCGAGCGGUCACUCUGUGGCCCAGAUGUGGUUGGCGCUGCUGUCGCACACGCGCCGGGAGAGUAAAGACCACAACCAGCUGAGCGACGACUGCUCCGCUUUCCUCAUCCGGCCGCUCUACCGUUGCCUGGAGUACACCCAAAGACUGGCCAAGAAGAGUAAAGACAUCUGCACGCAGCUUCAGGACGGCCUGCUCAAGGUGACCGCGGCGCUUCAGACCGCGUGGCGAACCUAUUCCCACUACCACGCCGACUACCUGUGCGCAGAUUCCAAGUUAAAGGAGGCCGAGAAACAGGAGGAAAAGCAGAAGCAACACGGCAAGAAAAUGGAGAGGCUCAUUGAGAAGCGGCAAGGAAAGGCUCAAGAUAUUUACUUGAAGUGCAGCAAGGCCAGAAAUGAUUAUCUGCUCAACUUGGCUGCCGCCAACGCUUCCAUGAACAAGUACUACCUCCGGGACAUCUCCACCCUCAUGGAUUGUGCGGACGUGGGCUACCACCUGUCUCUGGGCCGAGCGAUGCGAGCCUAUCUGUCCGGUCGGCGCCAGGUCCAGCAGAACUUGAGCUUUGGCCUGCAGCUUCUCCAGGACUCGGUGUCCGGGCUGGACCAGGGCCGGGACCGAGACUGCCUCCUGCAGGACCACUGCGUCGCCUUUUGUUUGCCCCUUGGCUUCCCCUACCAGCCUCACGAUGGAGACCAGCUUUCUGAGAUUAGCGCAGAGAGCCAGAUGAGGUGUGAGCUGGAGACCAGAUUCAAACAGAUCCAGACCAGGCUGAGAGCGGUGGCGGAGGAAACGCAGGAGAUAGAAUACAUCCACUGUCCCUCCUCUGCACACGUCCAAACCAACCGCCUCAACCCGGCCUCUCCAACCUUUCAAGUCUGCGCUCUUCCUCUGAUGAGCUCGUCCCUGAUCCUGGCGAACAGGAGCAUGUCAGCAGCCUUGUCUUCUUUCCUUGAAACAUUGGCCGACGUGGACUCUGAGCCGAACGACAGCCAGGAAGACGGCGCUGAGACCCCGCUAACCCGGCCCAACGUGGCCCGCCGCAGAGCUAACCAGCAAGAAAUGGAGAACCUCUACCUCACUAGAGUCAAAGAGUUCCUGGUCGGCACCUCUUUGGAGUCCAAGCUACAAGCCAAACACGACCUGCUGAAAGUGGCCGUGGAAAAAGGACAAGCAUCAAAUAGAAAUCUGCCAAGUCGCAAUGGAAAGUCUGCACGUGUUCCAAAAACUCCCUCCAGCGGAGAGGGUUUAUUGCACAACCCCAAACUUUUCAACGGUGACAUGCUGUCCUUCAUGCAGGCGUCAGGCCGUCAGAUUCCAGUUGUGGUGGAAAGUUGCAUCCGCUUCAUCAAUCUCAACGGCCUCCACCACGAAGGCAUUUUCAGGGUGUCGGGCUCUCAGGUGGAAGUCAACAAGUUGAGGGAUGCAUUUGAGCGAGGAGGAGACCCUCUGGCCGAGCACGAAUCCGACCUGGAUUCUGUCGCAGGCGUGCUCAAGAUGUAUUUUCGAGAUUUGAAGAAUCCCCUUCUCCCUGCAGAGAGUCUCAGUCGGCUGCUGGAGUACGCCCACGACAAAAAGGAUGGCGAGAGGGCCGAUCAACUGAAAAGUGUCAUCCGGUCCUUCCCCGAGCCGCUAAUUGUCGUCAUGAGAUACCUCUUCGCUUUUCUCCAUCACGUGUCCCAGUACAGCGACGAGAACAUGAUGCAGCCGUACAACCUGGCCGUGUGCUUCGGACCCAGCCUGGUCCGAGGGAGCGGGGACGAGCGGCGGGACGGGCGGGACCCGGUCGCCUUGCAGCCGCAGAUCAACGCCCUGGUCGAGAGCUUGAUCGUCCGGCACGAGAGCGUCUUCCCCGGUCAGAGCGAGUUGCGAGGUCCCGUGUACGAGAAGUGCAUGACGGCAGAACAAGACGACCGUGAGCCGAACGCGGAAGAAGGGGACGGCGAGGCAGACGUCUGCAAAGUUGCAGAAGUGGAAGCGGGACACGCGGUCAAUCGCAGUAACUCGGCCACGGGAGCCCUGCAGAAACCGAGCGAGGUUUCUAAAGCCGCCAAGAGCGGACCGGCGGACCACCGCAGGACCGCGUCGGGACCGGCCGGAGGCGGCGUCCUCUCGGGCGGGGCAAAGGCCGCCCUCCAGAUUCCCACCGGGCCCCGUGGCCGACUGAGGAGGAUCCACUCUCCCGGUUUUGCCCGUAGAGAACAGAUGCACGUCUCCCCUGAGGAUGUCGUCAAGGUCGACAAGACAAUUGAAUCUUCAAGUGGACAUUUUUGGAGUGCGAGAGGAAACCGGCGUACCCGGAGAAAAGCCACGCAGGCAAGGGCCGAACCUGAAACCAAUCAGAGACGCCGCCAAAGACGGCGAGACUUCCGAGACCAAACUUGGCGGCAACGCUGCGAGACCAGAUCAGCAACCCCCAGACUACAUUUCCUCUUCCUCCAUUUUUUUUUUGCCCCCCCCUCCAUUUGUUGAAGACUGAAAGACUGCGUUUACCGGAGGGUAAAUGGACUGCACUUCUAUAGCGCUUUAGCUACAGCAUCGCAGUGCCCGAAGCGCUAUACAAAGCCUCCCAUUCAUUCACCAAUGGGCGGCGCUGAAGACCUGUUCGGCGGACUCGGCGACGCCGAGCGGGUCCCCGCCCUGGUCGGCUCACGCACCGGGCCAGGCCCUCGGGGACACGUCGUUGACGAGGUAGCAGAAGUCAUUUAAGGGGUCGUCCGCCCACCGGCCGCAAUUGUCGCCUGCAACCGCUACGCCGCUUGACGGCAAAGAUGUGCGCGCGUGUCAGAGCGGAGAUUUUGGUGUCGGCGGCCGGGGAGCGGCGGAGGCCCCUGGCGCUCGGCUGCGGGGACGUACGGACGCAACAACGCGUCACAUCCCUUUUCACCACAAUGCAGUGAAUACCGCACGAUGGGGUCGAGAUCGAGCGCAUCCUACCCGUAAAGAUCUGCCCGCGGGCCCGGAUGUUUGCAGUGUUUCCGGGCCUACCCGCUCCGUUGCCUUUGUACGUGACGUCCGUUUUGUCCACCCGGCGGAAUGGCCCAUUGUAGUCCAGAUCUGCAGCACCGACGAUUUUGAAUGAAUUCAGAUCGGUAGUCGCGCAGUCGGCGGCCCCGUUAAAGCGGAGUCCCGACCCCUCGUACAAAACGAAACUGCAGACGUGGACAAAACUUGCCAACGAGCAUUAUGGGUCAAAAGAGCUUGACAUGCGAUACGGAGCGGCGACAUUUACGGCACGUUGCUUCAACGAAGAGACUCGGCUCUCAAACUCUGCCGCGCUUUCGUCGUCGUCGUCAUCGUCGUCCUCCUCCUCCUCCUGCUUCUUGACUUCCGGCAGAGUGGAAGACCGCGGUACCCGCAGCAGCCAUCGAGGCGUUCCCCCCAAAAAACGCAGCCCACAGUCACCCAUUCCGAGCGGUGUCAGUUUGAGGUCGGCCUGCCUCCAGGAGCGGGUUUGUUAUCAAAUGUCCCAGGACGUUGCCAUUGCUGAUAAAUCGCUUCUUUCAUUUGAUAGACAAUUCAAAGUUACCCGGCCCUGCCUGAACAAGUCAUUAAGAACUGGUUGAGCCAUCCUCAGCAUCAACAACUGAAACCAAGCGUCUUCACACAGGGCCAGGGAACUUUGAAGAUAUAUAUUAUAUAUUAUAUAGAUAUAUAUUGAAUCACCAUUUAAAAAUAGCUUGGGUUUUUUGGGUUAUUUUUGUCUGAUACCCUCUGUAUGCAGUCUAUGCUCCUGCAUUAACCACAGGGGGGCAGUCUUAGGUAAUCUGUGGCUUUUGACUGUCCUUUGCAAACGCAAACUAUUCCUCUUUGGAGGGGGGAAGUAUUUUUUAUUUUAUUAAUACUGUACGCAUAUAUUUUUGUCAUUUAAAAAAAAAAAAAAAGUACUGAGGGAUAAAUAAUCUCUACAAAGGAGUUUAAUAGACUUUAUUGUGAGUGGUCCAUUGUGUACAGACUAUGGAUUAUGGAGCACUUCAGAGAAUUCAACUGGUCCACAUGACGUACGUGGCACAGUUGUGUGGUGGUAUAUUGCAUUUUGGCAUAGUGUUGAUGGUUUGUAUAAUAGUGACCUGAUAGUGGCGGUACUAAUGUGUGGAUUCAUUCAGGUAAAUUCCCACUGACGGCCACCAGACGCACAACCCACCGCUGGUGCACUCGCGGCACGACCGAACACAACCCGACUGGGAGUGUCCCUCGUCUCAUAUCGGAGUCGGACUUCUCUGCCACAACGUGACCAGGUAGGGGGCGCACUUAAGGACCGGGACGUCCUCCCGAUGGACCACCUCCACGCAGAAUGAGGUGGCCGUCCUCCUGGGGCCAAAGUGCUCGCUGACGUCGUGGCGGAGGCCGCAGGCGUCCGGGACGGCGACGGAGGCCGUGUGCGCGAGCAGCGCCGUGGCCCUCCACCUCACCUCCAGGGAUUCCGGGGCGACUGCCGACGUGUGGACGGGCAGCACCACGAAGGCGUGCUGGAAGCUCUCGCCCACGUUGCACUCGAUCUGGGUGGACCAGCAGUAUUCCCCGAGGUCUCCUGGGAAGAGUGACAGCGGAUGAAAAUCUCCUGAUAAACCGAGACGUAGCCUAACCCGAACGGAAAACCUGUACCGGGACCCUUAACGCAAACUUAAACCUAACGUAGGACCCCUAAUCGUGAAUCUGAAAUGUAACACCCUGGACUUAACUACGAUCACAAAUGUCUAACCCUGAUCUGAAUCCUGACCCGAGGCCUAAACCCUUACCUCAAACCCUAAACCCUAGGUCACCGCUAUCGCAAACCUCCAGCCCUAAUCCUUACCUUUGACCUUGAACCUCCCCCAAUCGCUAUGAAAAUCUCUAACCCAAAUCAUAACCACUAACCCUUCAUCCCUCCCACACCUUAUUCCAAACCUUUGUGAAGCCUAACCCUGUCCAAACCCUACUACCUCUUAACCCAACCUGAAUCUAGCCCUAACCUCAUCCCCUCACCCUAGACCCAACCGCUAUCACGAACCCUAUCGAGCAAACUCCACUAAUGCUAAUCCCUACCCCUAACCCGAAUAGGUACUCUUCAACCAUGAACAUCUAACCCUAAACCCAAGCCAUAACCCUGCCUGAACCCUGGACUCUAGUCUCUAAAAUUAGCCUCUGGUGCUAAUCCCACCCCAAUACCUACCCUUUAAUGCUGACCUUCUACCCCAAACCCCAAACUCUAGCUGAACCCUGGACCCAGCCCUCACAGCUAAACCUAUUUGCUAUUCCACAGCUCUAAUUCUACUUUUUACCCCACCCAGGAUCUGACCCUAACCCUAAUCCCCCAACAUUUGACAUGGCCUAACCCUAAACCCAGGCACGAGCUAGUCCCAACUGCCCUAGGAUCUAACGUUACCCCUAACACCUACCCUUUAACCCUGACCCUCUAUCCCUAACCUCUGAAUUCUAACUCUAGCUGAACCCUGGACCCGAGCCUCACAGCUAUCCCUGUGAGAAACCUCUAACACUACAGCAACCAUGACCCGCUCACCCGAAACCCAAUCUCUUAAACUCUGCCCCUAGCUGGACCCAAACCUCAAAACCUCUCCCCUCACCUCUAUCAUCUAACUCCGGCAAGACGACCGACCUUCAGUGGAGUCUUGCAGCCGUAUAUUCCGCUUGUCCCGCAGCUGCACCUUCCUGGCGAACGUCAUCUCGGUGCACUCCAUCAAGCAGGCCGUCAGCUGCGGCCUGACACUGGGGAGCGGUUCCAGCAGCGUUAUCUCGCCUGAGCACUCGGUCGCGCGUGAGGCCAGAAGAAGCGAGGAAAGCACGGCGAAAGACACCCACGCGGCCAAACAUUCCGUCAUGAUUCCGUCCGCUAUCGGUCGAACGGGCUCGGGCAGGGUCUCGCUGGUCUCUCGCAGGGUUCGUUGCCUCGCUUCGGGACCGAUAUCUGGCUUAGGAGGAGCACAGCGGGGAUGGGAAAGGAUUUACAACGGAAACACGCAGACGGCAAAAGCGCUGAGGAUCCUCAAGUGCAUAACAUGUUGCUCUUCCCACAGGGAGUGCCCGCUUUCCUGGAGUGUGGCGCCAACAUUCAUCCCUCGGUUAUUUUCCUUCCCCCUGAGAGUGCGCGUGAAACUCUCGAGCAGCCGCAAAAUCCUGAAAGCCUGGCACAGACUUGGAAAUAAUCCUCAACGACUGCACAAACAGAGAGCGCGAGAGCUUGAAUUUCCACAGCCUUUAUUCACCACAAAACACAAGCGGUGAAACGUGAACUUUUCAUCAGCAUACUGUACUCAGGGUUAGGUUGAGGUGCUAUGAAUACAUAAACUAUGAUGAUGAUGACGACGACGAUGAUUCCGAGACAAAUCGUCACGUGAGGUAACCUUGUUAAAAAACUCUAACCCUAAUGACCCAAAACGGCUCCUCAGCUCAGCACUCACGAGUAUGUGGACCAGCACACUCACUGAUCGUAUGGUCAAACGUAUCUCCAAUUUGUUUUUGCUUUUGACCCAAAACGCAGCGGCAAUUGAAGGGCUCAAAUUGUGCACGUCUCCAGCAGGGGGCGCCCAGGAAUCUCUUCAGCGUGAGAAGCUCUCACAAAGGAGACCGACGUCUUACAUCGGAUCCAAGCAGGCUUGAAAAGCAGCUUUACAAUGCUUCCUUCAUUUCACUUUGACUUGUUUGUUCGUCUUCUCUCGAUUAUUGCCAAUAAAUUGGCCACGCCAAACCGAAAACCACUGACUUCCUGUGUCUUUUCAGGCAAGACUUGAGACUUUUUGCCGGGUUACCUCAUGACAGACAUUUAUGCAGAGCUGAAAUCAACCAAAAAUUACCGAAAUGGAGCUUAUUGCGUUUUGGAUUUGAAAACCCCCCAAAACCCAUGCCCAACUGUAGGCAUCCGUGCCUACAGUUGGACAGCGCUCGUGGAGAAAAGCACGCAGCUCUCGAAAAAAAGGAUGAAUACAGCUCCCUUGCAGAUUUGCACAAAGACGACAAAUUGGCCUCUGCGUGUCGACUUGAUGCGGGGACCCUUCCCGUCGAAACCGAGCGGACUUGUUUCUCCGUAAGAGGGGAUGCUUUUCCGCAGUGAUGAGCAGAGCGUUUGGCUCUGGGACAUUUGCGCAUUUGUGGGAGGGAACACUCCGAACCCGUGAGCAGCUUGAAAUAGCUGCCCCCGACACCCGGGAGAUUUCCCGAGGAUAUAAAUCUUGAGCGUGGCAAGCGCGCGGCGUCAUGUGGUCGUUUCGAGAAGAGAAAACAUUCGUAUCCCCCCCCCAAAAAAACGAAUGUGAUCGUAUGGAGGCUUAGUAGAAACGGGAAUGCAAACCUUCGAAGAAGCUUUCCAAGGUUCCCGCCGCGGUCCGCGUUGAAAGCUCCCGAGAACAAUACAUUAGGGAGCCGUAGCAGUGUGUGUGUGUGUGUGUGUGUGUGUUGUGAUCUGGCCUUUGCAAGUCCAAUAUAUCACAAGCGGAAAGCAUUUGGGCCCGCUUGUAUUCAGAGAUGGAUCGACCUCAGCACACGGCUCGGGCUCCGGUACCAGUCUUUUGCAGAAAGGUUGGGGGGAGUCAACACCCGAGCGGACAGAGCGGCGAGCCCACGGGAAGGGGAACCAACCCGCGUUGCCUUUUGGGGCCCUACGGGCGCAGGCGCCGGCCAUCGAGCUCCGCCUCCGGGUGGGGACAACGCAUAAUGUUGAAGUGUUCAACACAUGUUUGGGGACAACAUAUAACAAACAUCCAUCCAUCCAUUUUCUUCACCGCUUCUCCUCACAAGGGUCGCGGGCCUGCUGGAGCCUAUCCCAGCUAUCAUCGGGCAGGAGGCGGGGUACACCCUGAACUGGUUGCCAGCCAAUCGCGGGGCACAUACAAACAAACAAACAACCAUUCGCACUCACAUUCACACCUACGGGCAAUUUAGAGUGUCCAAUGAAUGCAUGUUUUGGGGAUGUGGGAGGAAACCGGAGUGCCCGGAGAAAAGCCACGCAGGCACGGGGAGAACAUGCAACCUCCACACAGGCGGGGUCGGGGAUUGAACCCCGCUCCUCAGAACUGUGAGGCCGACGCUCUAACCAGUCGGUCACCGUGCCGCCUCUAUAACAAACAUAUCGGUUGAAACAACCCAGCAUUGUAGUUGAUUUGAUGCAGCAUUUGGGUGAAAUAUUUUGCUCAUCUGUUGGGUUAAAAUCAAGCAACCCCUCCUGCUGGGUCAAAUGAGCGAGCGUGGGGUCGGUGCUACAAACACCCAGCGGCUGGGUUAAAAACACCCCAAAACAAUUUGAAAUGCGGACUCGUCGGACCACAGAACACUUUUCCACGUUGCGUCGGUCCAUCUUCGAUGAGCUCGGGCCCAGAGAAGCCGGCGGUGUUUCUGGGUGUUGUUGAUAAAUGGCUUUUGCUUUGCAUAGUAGAGUUUUAAGUUGCACUUAGGGAUGUCGCGCCGAACUGUAUUUACUGACAUUGGUUUUCUGAAGUGUUCCUGAGCCCACGCGGUGAUAUCCUUUACACAUCGAUGUCGGUUUUUGAUGCAGUGCCGCCCGAGGGAUCGAACGUCACGGGCAUUCAAUGUCGGUUUUCGGCCUUGCCGCUUCCAUGCGGUGAUUUCUCCAGAUUCUCUGAACCUUUUGCUGCUAUUAUGGACCGUAGAUGAUGAAAUCCCUCAAUUCCUUGCAAUCGUACGUUGAGGAACAUUGUCCUUAAACUGUUGGACUAUUUUCUCCCGCACUUGUUGACAAACAGGUGAACCUCGCCCCAUCUUUGCUUUUCUAGCCAAUCACGGCACCCGCCCGUUCCCAAUGAGCCUGUUCCCCUGCGGGAUGUUCCA